AUGGACGGGCCCUUGACAGAGCCCGUAGCGGCUCCCGCUGCAAGCGCCGCUGCCAGCGCCAGCAGUGCCAGUGCCGGUGCCAGCCUGGCGGCUGCCUACAACCGUUCGGCCUGCACAGAGUGUCAACGGAGGAAGCAAAAGAUUGCCGACGAAUGUCGGUACAACACCACCAAUCCCCCACCCGUCCCGCCCGCUUCCAGCGACGUCAGGGACAGGGACAAGGACAAGGACGACACUCUCCCGCACGGCAAGCAAGGGCCCGCGGCUCCAGUCCCCAAUGGCGUUGCAGAUGGCGGUCCCAGUGCUGCCGGCAGUCACCCUCAUGCCCCGUGGUUCGACACCCUAACGGCCGCCCGCGUCUUCAGCACUCUUGGCCUCGAGCCGCCGCCCGAGUCUUCCAAGAGCUCGCCGAAAGAAGACGCGGCGGCCGCCGACUCUUCGCCUCAAAUUAAGCGCGUCUUGAAGCUCCUGCCCAGCCGGCAGUCUAUGGACAAACUCAUCAACACGUUCAACAACGAUGUCAAUUAUCAUUAUUACAUCAUCUACCCGCCCGACUUCCUCAAGGACUACCAUAUAUGGUGGGAGAGGCACUCCAAGAAUCGGCCCCUGUCGCUUCAGUUCACGUGCUUGCUGGCCAUGAUUUGCGCCUGCUGCGUCCAGCAUGCCGACAAUGACAUGCAGCAGGAGCUCCAGCGCUUUUCGGGAAUGCCCGCCGAUGAUCUUUCGGAGCAGCUUCAUAACGCUGUUCGAGAGUUGGCCAGCGUCAUCCCGGUUGGCCACUACCACAUGUUCAAUGUACAGCGCCUGCUUCACUCGUGCUACUGGUACAAGGCGGAGGCGCGGUUCCUGGAGGCGUGGCACGUUCUUAGUGCCGCCAUUCUGGAGGCCCGAGAACUUGAAUGCCACAAAGAACCACCGCCGGACACGGAGACAGAGCAUGAUCGCGAGAUGCGGCGCAGACUCUGGUGCAUUCUUGAUACCUGGGACUGGCAAAUUUCGUCUGGCCUCUCCCGACCCAAGAUCAUUGACAGAGCAGACUGCGACGCUGAGCUGCCAUCACUGACACUGGAGAAGGCUUGGGCACAGGCACCGUCUCCCCUGCUCCACAUGAAGAUGCAAUCGGAGCUCACCCGCCGCCUGGCGUCUCGAUUCAGCGCGCCCAAAAAUGUCAUCAGCACCGAUGAAGUUCGAGAGUAUCAGGGUCUCAUCGAGGACUGGGUUCGCAGGUUCCCUCCCGUGUAUGACUUUGAGAACCCCGAUACAUCCAAGGACGCGCUGUACCCGUGGAUUUUCCCCCAUCGGUAUUACGUCUACACCAUGGCAUGCCUCUUGAUCCUCAACCCCAUCCGGCACUACAUGGUCAAGUCGUACUCCUGGGACUCGCCUCCGGAGGAGCUCCAGGUCCGAGCCGUCGGCAUUGACUAUUCACUCAAGCUCAUGAAGACACUGCGCAGUUGGGUCGACCGCAUUUACAAUCGGGAUGGUCGCUUGCAUUUCGUCAUCUUCUCCAUCUUCGACACGGCCGCCAUUCUCUGCACCGCCAUCAUCAAAGAUCACGAGCGCACCAUUUCAAAUCGAGAGGCGAUCGUUGAUGCCGUCACCGACGCUGUUGCAAUGCUGCAACAGCUCAAUUCCAUAUCCAAAACGUCCAAAACGUCGUACGAUCUUCUGGAGCGACUCGUGCGGAGGUUGCCCGAGCGCUCCAUGCUGGUCGGAAGUGGCAGGAUUCCAGAACAGGGCGAGCAGCACAACGUCGACGGCCCGCUCUGGAAGACGUUGUACGGCAUUCUCGAUGGUCGGCCAACGGACUGGGCGAGCUUGACUUCAUACGCGUGGAAAGCGGUGCGCAGACGCCACAGGCUGCCCACCGCGUCGCAUCAAACAAGUACGGCUGCAUGA